AAGUGUCAAGCAUUUGUCACAGUUCCCUCCAUUUUCUCUUUAUAAAGUUCUUUCUAAAAAGGUAUACAGUCCCAGCAAAAUGGGUAAAAUAAUGAAACCUGGAAAGGUCGUGUUGGUCCUUGGAGGCCGAUACGCCGGAAGAAAGGCAAUCGUAGUCAAAAACUUCGAUGAAGGGACCGGAGAGAAGCCCUAUGGACAUGCUUUGGUUGCUGGCAUCGAUAGGUACCCACGUAAAAUUCACAAAAGGAUGGGUAAAGGAAAAAUGCACAAAAGGAGCAAGAUCAAGCCUUUUAUCAAGACCCUGAACUACAACCACUUGAUGCCCACCCGUUACUCAGUAACCGAUUUGACUGACGUUAAAGUGGCGCCAAAGGACAUGCGCGACCCCAUGAAGAGGAAGAAGGCCCGCUUCCAGACCAGAGUGAAAUUCGAAGAAAGAUACAAGCAAGGAAAGAAUAAAUGGUUCUUCCAGAAGUUGAGAUUCUAAGUUUGUAUUUUUGCCUUUAAAUUAAACACCAAAAAAAGCUACUA